AUGAGCUCCUUCGUGAUCUUUUGCGCCGCCGUCGUCGUGGCGGCAAUGUGUCUUGCGUCGUCGGUGGGUGGCACCGACGUCAGUGUGGUUGGCGUAGCCGGCGUGUUCACGGCCCCCGAUGGCCCCAGCUGCGGAGGCACGUCGAGAAUUGGCGUGUGUCCGGGCCCCCAACCGCGUCUCGAGUUCGGAUCGUGCUGCCAAGCACUACCCAACCGACCGUCUCUCGUGCUCGGAUGCGUGCCGCUGCGAUCGGAGACGGCUGCAUGCGGUGUGUCGCCACCUCGUCCGGCGGCGACAACCGCCGCAACGCCCCCCACUACCACCCGCAUCGCGUCGGCACCAGAAAGGACAAGUCCCCCGUCGUCGACGCCAGAACGCACGCGUCCAAAACCAACGGCGUCGACGGUGGCGGUACCAGUCGCGACCUACGAUAUGAACAAGCCCACGGAAUCGUCACCCCGACAGACGGCGUCCCUACGGAAAUCGACGGCGACUCCAACCACAACGUCGGCCCGGGCGUCGAAAACCAUGUCUGCCUGGAUGUGGCUCGCCGUCGGCCUGAGUGUCGUGGUGGCGGUGGUUGGUUGCGUCGUGGGCAUGCAGCGGUGGCGCCAUCGUCGGCAAGUCCAGGCUCGACGGCUCCAACUUGCGGGGUUGGAGCAAAGCAACAGCUCCCUGUCGCCAACCACACCACAACAGCCAUGGGGAGAAGUGCCUACGUCGGGUCGAAACCGGCCGUUGGUCGGCGAAGCUCUUCUGGACCAUUGGGUGGCCAUCUGGUUGCGCACUGCAAGAGCCCCGGCGGCGCCUAACUCAAAGUGGCCCUGGACCUCGUGCGGCACCGCCGCGUCCUUGGCCAUGUCGCCGACCCCACCCGCUGUGUCAACUGGAGCUGCGCCACCGCGUGCGUGGUAUCUGCAACCCGUUUGCGCAGACUGCGGCAUCGAAGAGUCCAACUCGGUGUCGCUGCUUCGCACGGAGAAGGGCUUAGAUCUCCGCUGCGCCGCGUGUUCGAGCCUGUGGGUGUAG